AUGAGGGGUCAAGGGUUCAGGUGCGCGGAGGGAGGCGAAGCGCCGUGGGUCAGCCGUCGAGGCCUGUCGGCCGACGCUUUCGUGGUCAACGUCGGGGAUCAAAUCCAGAUCCUAAGCAACGCAAUAUACAAGAGCGUAGAGCAUCGAGUGACAGUGAACGCAGAAGCAGAGAGACUGUCCAUCGCCUUCUUCUACAACCCGAAGAGUGACCUGCCGCUUUCUCCGGUGCCGGAGCUCGUGACGCUGGAGCGGCCGUCGCUCUACCAACCGAUGACCUUCGACCAGUACCGAAUGUACAUGCGCAAACAAGGGCCGAAGGGGAAAUCUCAUGUGGAGUCGCUAAAGGCUGCAUGAUGUAAUUUUUUGAUUUGUUACACGUAGAUUUUGUAAUUUUUUACCUGUUGUCAUAAGGAAAAGAAUAACAGAGAGAGGAA